AUGUCUUGCACCUCGCCUUUUGCUCUGGGAUCCCAUGAGGAUCUCCACGAUGCCACAAGCUCCGGAGCGGACGCUCGAGAUGGUCAACCUGUGCAACGCAGACGCCAUUCAUUCUUCAUCCCCAGGAGGAAGUCCAUCGUGAAUCACCUUGUCGAGGGCGAGGAGGGGCUUCUGCUCAAGGUCGAUCUGUUUCUUUCGGAGCUGGAGAGGCGACUGGAGUAUCUGGAAACCUACGGAGAACUCAGCUUCGACUCAAGCAUUUCAAGGGCUUACUCGACAUUGCAAGCAGUGCGUUCAAAAUGUUCCCAAGCGUCGGAAGGGGUUAUCGGCGCUGGCCGCAGGAGACUUCAUGUCAUGGUCGAGACCUUGGACGCCCGCUACCACGACGCUCUCAUUGCGGCCGAGUCGAUGAACGAGAAGGCUAGGGUCGGUAUCGAGUUGAUGGACAACAUGCUUACUGACUACGAGUCCCGAGCCCUGAAGCUCCGGGAUCAAGGAUUUGCCGGCGCUACUGGUGCGGCCAAUAGUCUCAUGGGCGAAGGACGCCGGGUCGUGGAUGAGGGUAUUGAGAGAGCCAAACGCGCUGCUGAGACUUUGGAAGAGCACAUCCAGCACGCCAUCACCCGAGCCAAAGCAGGAGCACUGCUGAAGUACGAAGAACUGCCCGUACCAUGGAGAGUCAACCCCCAUAUCCUCUCGGGAUACCGCUUCAGUGAAACGAAGCUGGGCUGUGUAAGGUCCAUGUUCAACAUCUCGAACGAAACUGUCAACAUCUGGACCCACGCUCUCGGCUUGCUACUAGUGCUGUCCAUUGCAUUUUAUUUUUACCCGACCUCGACAAACUUCUCUCUUAGUACCAAGACCGAUGUCUUCAUUGCUGCUGUCUUCUUCUUCGCAGCUUGCAAGUGUCUGGCCUGCAGCACAAUCUGGCACACCAUGAACUGUGUCGCUGACCAAACACUCCUCGAGCGCUUUGCAUGUGUCGAUUAUACUGGUAUUGCCCUGUUAAUCGCCGCAUCCAUUAUGACGACCGAAUACGCAGCAUUUUAUUGCGAACCCAUAAGUCGCUGGAUCUACAUGACCACAACGGCUUUGCUGGGAGUCGGAGGUGUCAUCAUGCCCUGGCACCCUUACUUCAAUCGUGCAGAUAAGGCAUGGCUACGAGUCGGCUUUUUCAUCGGCCUUGGUGCCACUGGCUUUCUGCCCAUCUUUCAGAUCAUGUACACCAGGGGCCCCUCAUGGGCUUUCGAGUUCUACACCGGAUCAAACCUCGUCAAGUCCCUUAGCGUUUAUGUUCUUGGUGCCUGCAUAUAUGCCAGCAAAGUCCCCGAGCGAUGGCUUCCCGGCACUUUCGAUUAUUUUGGGAAUGCCCACAACCUUUGGCAUGUUGCCGUUCUGGGUGGGAUUCUCUAUCACUACGUCGCUAUGCAAGAGUUCUUUUCCGGUGCCUUCAGGCGAGCUGAACAAGGCUGUCCUAUGUACUGA